UCAGGGUUGGGGACACCUUGUGGGGGAUCCCGGGCGGAUCUGGCUGCAAGGGAGAAGAGUACAGGGCUCUGUCCCCAGCGGGUGUGGAGACACCUGGGGCAGAGAAGGGUGUGUCAGGGCGCGUCCCAAGAGGACCUGGGGGCAGAAAGUGGAACCUAAGGUAGCGGGGCAAAAGCCGGGUCGCCAAGUCCGAAGGGGGCGUCCGAGAAGUGGCCGGAAGGUACAGGGGCGGAGCCAGAGUCCCUCGAGGGACGGGUGCUGGGACAGGUGCAAACAGGCAGGCAGAGAGCCCCGCGGGAGGGUCCCGAACAGACGGGGGAGAGGCGCCGCAGCAGUCCCGCUGGCGCCACCGCGGAAAAAGAAACCGAAAGUGGAGCUGGGGGCGGGGCCUGACGGGGGCGGGGCCUCCCGCCUUCGCCCGCCCCGUCUCCGUGCGGGUUUAAAAGACUGGCGCAGGGGCGGGCGCCGAGCAGAACGAGCUGCGGCCGUGGCAGCUGCACGGCUCCAGGCCCCGGAGCAUGCGCGAGAGCCGCCCCGGAGCCCCCCGGAGCCCCCCGCCGCCCCGCCCGCGGCGCCCCGCGCACCGCCGCCAGCGCACCCCCGGACGCUAUGGCCCACCCCUCCGGCUGGCCCCUCCUGUAGGAUGGUAGCACACAACCAGGUGGCAGCCGACAAUGCAGUCUCCACAGCAGCAGAGCCUCGACGGCGGCCAGAGCCUUCCUCCUCUUCCUCCUCCUCGUCCGCGGCCCCCGCGCGCCCGCGGCCGUGCCCGGCGGCCCCGGCCCCGGUCCCCGGCGACACGCACUUCCGCACGUUCCGUUCGCACGCCGAUUACCGACGCAUCACGCGCGCUAGCGCGCUCCUCGACGCCUGCGGCUUCUACUGGGGGCCCCUAAGCGUGCACGGGGCGCACGAGCGGCUGCGCACGGAGCCCGUGGGCACCUUCCUGGUGCGCGACAGCCGCCAGCGGAACUGCUUUUUCGCCCUCAGCGUGAAGAUGGCCUCGGGUCCCACGAGCAUCCGCGUGCACUUCCAGGCCGGCCGCUUUCACCUGGACGGCAGCCGGGAGAGCUUCGACUGCCUCUUCGAACUGCUGGAGCACUACGUGGCGGCGCCGCGCCGCAUGCUGGGGACCCCGCUGCGCCAGCGCCGCGUACGGCCGCUGCAAGAGCUGUGCCGCCAGCGUAUCGUGGCCACUGUGGGCCGCGAGAACCUGGCGCGCAUCCCCCUCAACCCCGUUCUCCGCGACUACCUGACCUCCUUCCCCUUUCAGAUUUGACCGGCCGCGCUGCGCACGGAGCAUUAACUGGGGUGCCCUAUUAUUUUCUGUUAUUAUUUGUCUGGGACCACAUGGGUGCCCUCCCCCGCCUGGGUUGAAGGGAGAGGGGGUAGGGGUGAGGCGCCUCCCGCUCUCGGCUGGAGGUGAGGCCGCAGACCCCCUCCUCACCUCUUGAGGGGGUGCUCCCCCUCCUGGUGCUCCCUCUGGGUCCCCCUGGUUGUUGUAGCAGCUUAACUUAACUGUAUCUGGGGCCAGGACCUGAACUCGCACCUCCUACCUCUUCAUGUUUACAUAUACCCAGUAUCUUUGCACAAACCAGGGGUUGGGGGAGGGUCUCUGGCUUUAUUUUUCUGCUGUGCAGAAUCCUAUUUUAUAUUUUUUACAGCCAGUUUAUGUAAUAAACUUUAUUAUGAAAGUUUUUUUUU